GAAAGUCGGCGGGAUGUAGAAGGCGAGCACUCGCCAUCGCACAAAAGCGCUAAAGAAGGUCACAACAGCUGCCGAACAAACUUGUUUCCCAUUCGCUUGGAUGUCAGACAAGGGAAACCCUCGAAAUUAAUAUGGACGUCGCCCCCGUCGACCCGCACAGCCUCGCAAUAUGCCAAAAUGGUGGGGCAUCGGACGCGGUGAUUGGCCGGCGCCGUAGCCCUCACUGCUCAACUCCCAAAGAGUGAGCAGAAGUUCAAAUCGCAAACAGCACCAAUAGUUUGUAGAGUAGUGUUAUGGUGGACGCAGCGUGAACACGUUUUAACCGGUUUAGAAGGAGAGUGAAAAAGUAAAACCCCACUGGAAGACUUUCCACAUAGUGAGCCGCUUGCCCGCUUUAUUUCCUUUAAUGACGUUGCUUUCAGUUAUUUUCUGUUGGAUUUUGUUGUGAUAUGGAACGUAGUAGAAGUUACGGGUUUUUUACGAAAAGAUCUCAACACUACGACAGCUUGCAGCAGCAGCAACAGGCCACAGAAAGCCAAAAGCAGCCCUUAAAGGACUCAACUAACACCUCCCCCAAGGUCCAGAAGUUGGUCAGCAACGAAGAAGGGCGUACUAGUAAUAGCACAGAGCCAUCAUCGACCCAAGACAGCGAUUCCAACCAGCAAAGUCGAUCUCUUCAGUGUUUAGAAACCCUCGCGCAAAAGGCGGGUAUUCAUGAUAUUACCGCAGACGAUUGCAAGUAUGAUGUGGCCAACACGUUGUUAAACUUGGACCGGGGACACGAAUUUAUUAAGCAGAGCGUAGACGCUGGGAUGUCGGCAACCAUGGCAGAUCUCAAUAAGCAGCAGCAGCAAAUGGCCGAAGCCAACGCCCAGGCUGUUCAGCAACAGCAAAAUCAGCAACAGGAACAACAACAGCAGCAGCAGCAGCAGCAGCAGCAACAGCAACAACAGCAGCAAUUCCAGCAACAGCUUCAGCAAAAGCAGCAGCAGCAGCAACAACAACAACAACAACAACAGCAGCAGCAGCAGCAUCAGCAAUUAGUUCAAGCUCAAAGCCCGCACUUGCAGCAAGUGACGGUCAACGCUCAAGGUCAACAGUGCAUUCAAACGACGACCAACAUGGGCCCUCCCCAGCAGGCUCAACAUGCCCAAGUGCAGCAGCAAGUGGCUCAACAGAGCCAGCAGGUUCAGAUCCAGACGCAAGGCGGUCAAGUGCUGGCUGCUCCUCAAUCUGGCAGCACCACCAUUACGACCAUGUCGCCGUUGCAGCAAAGCCAGCAGGCGACGCAUCCUCAGCAGGUUGAUUGGGGCCAAGGACGAGUGCAAGUGAUUCAUCAGCCGACCCAAAACCCCAUGUAUCUGCAACAGAUCUAUAAUCCACAAGGCCAGUUGCUGAUGCCUGGAAACAUUGCGUUGCACCCCAGCAUAAAUCCGCAACAAAUCCAGGUGAUCACAAAGCCGUUCCAAGGCAAUCAAAUCAGUGCGCCCCACAUGAUCACAGCCGCACAGGGCAAGCAGGUGAUACAGGGUAGUCAGGCCACCACUUUUCCCGGAUAUGCCACAAUUCCAACCAUUCCUACCACCCAAAAUCAGCAGACGUUGGUGUUUAGCCAGUUGGGGGUGAUUAGCUCUCAACCGAACAUCCUGCCGAACCAUUCAGGGCAAGGAAAUGCCCAAGUUGCCCAGCAGAAGCCGCACGAAAUGCAAAAGGUAAUGGGCACGCAAAAAGUUCAAAUGCAAAAGGUCGCAAGUAGUACGGGGGCCGUAGUUCAGUCUCAACCCCAACAGGGCCAAUGCGUUCAAGUGUCGCAAGCCAUGAUCGGAACGCAACCCACUGCCCAAAUUAUCAGUCCGAUACAACCUGGAGGCCAACCCAUGCAGCUGACAAACAGUUUUCCGUGGCAAUUUACGGCCAAUGGGAUUCCGCAAGUGUGGGCCACCAAUGGAUUGCAAUCUCAAGCCCUUCUGACCCACAAUCCAAUUUUCAUCAGGGGAACUCAAGCCGAUGGCACUCCCGGCAUGUUCAUCCAGCAAAAUCCCCAGACCAUUCAAACUCAACAGAAUCAAGCCAUCGCAACCCAAGCAACUGUUACACAGGCAGCCAAACAAAACAGGCCGAUUAAUGAAAAUAUUCAGCCUAAACAGGCCAAUCGGCCUCUGAAUAUACUUCCGUCCAACGCUACAAUCCGACCAGCCAGUUCGGUCUCUACGCAAACUAUAAGUGCUCAAACGCCGACAUAUUCAUUGCAGACGAUGGGCAAUAAAGCUGCACCGAAGAUCCGACAGUCUAAGACGCCGCAAAUUCGAUCGCCCGCCCCUAAAGCGGAUGCCGCCAAUCAAACUCCGAUGAAGUCUUACACGAAUCUGCAACCACAUCACAUUAUCGGCAACAAUUAUGGAUCUUGCAGAAUGGUGGUGAUGAACACCUCGACCGGAAUGGCUACCCAAAUGACCCCCAACUCUCCGAUGACGCCCGAUAAAUUGGUGAACCAGCAGAACAAGCAGCAACAAAAUCAGCCGGUGAAUGUUAAUCAACAAUUGGCCGAAGUGGUCAUGCAACAACAGGUAUUGAAGAAGGAAGAAAUGCAAUUGCAACAAACUUUACAACAAACACUUCAACAGUUUCAAAUACAUCAAAACCAGCAGUCCCAGCAACAAAUCCAGGCGAAGCCCAUGAUGACUCUUCAAGCGAUCCAAGGCAUCCCGCAGCAACAAAUCCAAAUGGGGGGCGACCGCUCGCUUAUUCCAGUCCAACAAGUGCAGCAGCAGCUGCAGCAGCAGAUUCCAUGUUCAAUCCAACAAGGAAUCCCGUUGCAGCCCAACUUGGUUACUCAGGCAAUGAACAUGCAACAGAUUCACCCUCAACAGCUUGCACAGAUGGCAUCACAGGGCACCAUUUUGACCGGUCAAAUUCAACAACAAGGUGGAACCCACACUGUGCUGCCCCAAGUUGUCAACCAAAACGGACAGCAAAUGCCGCAACUUCAACAUAUUACAGUGUCUGCAGCCUCACACCAACAUCAACCUCACCAGACGCAGCAACUCCAACCGCAACUGGUUCCUUUACCGCCUGUGGUACCAGCCGUUACUGAAAAAGACAAUAGUGCCAGCUUAUUACAGGAAGCACUUUCACCUACCCAAGCGAUGCCCGUCACCACGACAGCUGCUGUGCUUAAAGAGAGCGGUUCAUCGGAUGGAAAUUCAGUCGAAGCAAAGGAAAGUUUGCCUGGACAAGAUUCUAAGCAGUGUUCCACCGGUGUGGAUGCCGUCGCUUCCCUGCACAUUCCGAAUGCUGGGACGGUACCUAAUCAACCAACUACAUCCGAAAUGUCCAUGCCUAUUGCUACUACGGCUGAGGAAGUGAAAGAGAGGUGUCCACCAAAGGCAAUGGUUAAGCCUCAGGUAAGCAAAGUUUUAACCCAUGUGAUCGAGGACUUCGUGAUCCAGGAGUCUUCCGAACCUUUUCCUGUUUCACGAAGUGGCAUGGUUGGCGACCUGAAGCGGGCGCAUUCAACCAAUGAUCAAGAUGACGAUAUUUCACGUAAGAAGCAGUCCAUGUCCCCCAACAGUUUAUCUCCGAGAGGAGACAUGGCGAAAUGUGAGGCCUGCGGUGUGGUUGAUCUCAAGUCAAAGUUCAAGAAGAAUAAGAGAUUCUGUUCAGUUGCUUGCUCGAAGAGUGGGAAGAGUAAGGACGAUAAGAAGAAAUCUGAGAAAGUGGAACCGAUGAAUGUUGACAACAGUAAAGCGGAAAGUACCAGUCCAUCUGGAGCUGAUGACGACAAUACUCCGAAAGUAGAUCCGCUUAAGUGGGGCGUACAAGAAGUGUUUGAAUUUAUCAGAAGUCUUCCCGGCUGUUCAGAUUACGCUGAAGAUUUCCUGAUUCAAGAAAUCGACGGUCAAGCACUUUUAUUGCUCAAAGAGGACCAUUUGAUGACAGCGAUGUCGAUGAAACUGGGCCCUGCAUUAAAAAUCGUUGCAAAAAUCGACGAUAUGCGAAUAGAUAAGGAACCGCCUAAGCCUGCUUAAGUGACCUGCGUUUAGGUACUUAUUUAGAAUUUACUUUGCGCCUUUUUUGGUACUUUGGACAUUCAUUUUAUCGUCUGGAGAGCCAUAGUUUUGAAUAUUAGUUUACGUCGAUGUUGUCAUGUUAUACAUUACAAAUCAUGUGGCCAAUAGAAGCGACUUUCUCGCCUUGGUUUGUGGUGGCCAAACAUGGUUGUUUUUACAAUUAGGUCGAUUAUCGAAUGUUUACGUCAAAGUGUAAUCGGUGCUCGUUCUUCGCAACAUCGACCGGUUUGUAAAUAUUUUUGUCUAUUCAGAUCUGAUUUUGAUAUAACGAGGAAAUGAUGCCGAUAAAUAGCAUAUUUUGGUUUGUGAAAAGCUCCAUUCUUGUACAAAUGUAAAAUAAAUAAUGUAGAAUACACAGAAUUAUUGAUAUUGCACACUGCAUUAUUUUAAUUCAUGAGUUGAUUUCCAGGCCAAAUGCGCUGAGAGAAAACAAUUCAACUAGAUCAGUGUAUUUAUUUUAUCUAGACUGGAAUGUUUUAGUUACCCAAUGCAGAUAGCGUGAUUUUAAUCAUCAUACUUGACCAAUGAUAAGGACUGUAUCUAUUUUGAUAAAAGGGCUAAGGUGUACUGUGUUUAAUGUCACAGGAAAUGAUUUCCAUCAUUAUUAUGUGCAAUUUUUGAAGUUUUCCUUUUCGUGGAAAAGACACAAAUUUUGAAAAUUUGUUAUUAUAAAUACUGCCACUAAAGAUAAUACAUUUGUAAUUUAUAUAUAAA